UCUACCUUUCUGGUAUAUAAUAUUAUAAUUGCCAAUUUUCUUCCUUUUCCUCAUGGCUGCUCCUGGAACUCAGAACCAACUCUCGAUUCACGUGGGUGAUGAUGCGGUGCCGAAACGAUUGCGCCGGGAGGUUGACGAUAACGAUGUUGACUAUUUUCAAAGGGCACAGUGGCUUCGAGCUGCUGUAUUGGGAGCCAAUGAUGGGCUGGUUUCUGUAGCAUCAUUAAUGAUGGGUGUUGGGUCUGUUAAAGAAGAGAUCAAACCCAUGCUCCUUGCAGGUUGUGCAGGGUUAUUUGCAGGGGCGUGCAGCAUGGCAAUAGGGGAGUUCGUGUCUGUGUACACUCAGAGAGACAUAGAGAUAGCACAGAUAAAGAGAGAGAAGACAAGGAAUCAGCAAGUUGCCGGUGAGAGAGAGCAGCUCCCAAAUCCGAUGCAGGCUGCUUUUGCAUCAGCACUUGCAUUUUCAGUAGGGGCAGUGCUACCACUACUGGCGGCUGCAUUCAUAAGGGUGCAUAAAGUGAGGUUGGCUGUGGUGGUAAUAGUGGCUAGCUUGGCUCUGAUUUUUUUUGGAGCUGUAGGAGCAGCGUUUGGGAGGACUCCCAUGGUGAAGUCUUGUGCCAGGGUGCUGUUUGGAGGCUGGAUGGCAAUGGCCAUCACGUUUGGGCUCACCAGAUUGAUUGGCUCCAUUAAUGGACUGCAAAUGUGAUCAUUUCUUGGCUUUGCCAGCUUUCUCCUUCGAUCUUCGAUUCCUUAAUUUCCUCGUACUUUCGAUUCAGCUUUUAACGUAGUAAAUGUCCAAGUCGUGUGUUUUCUAAGUGGAUGUAGUACUGAAGGUGUCAGUUGAGACAAUUUGGUCAAUAAAAUGUCUUAACAUCUAAAUAUAUAGACACCAUUCAUGACCUGUACUUGUGGCCAAACUCCAUGAUCUCCCAAAUCACCUCAGUUGUGGAGUUAUGUAAGGGGAAGAGAUACCCUCUAUUUAUGUGUUGAUCAGUUUUCUACAUGUAAUUGGAAUGAAUAAUAAUGGGUUGCUUGAAUUGAAGGAUAAAAUUAU